AAGUUGUCGAGUCAUUCGCGAAUAAACAACGACCUCCCAUUAGUAAAGACUUUUGUAACGCAGACUUAUUAUGCAUGUUAAACUUUAUCAUAGAAAACAUCAAGAUCUUCUUAAAAAACUCUGUAUUUCAUGGCACAUACAAGGCUAACCCUGUUGAGUUACUUACUAGUUUUAAAAGGAACGUUCGAAAUAAACUGGCCCAUGGGACCACGAUUAACGAACAAGGUCGUUGGAGCGACCAUGCACUCGAGCAUGUCACUAUCUUAACUUGCGAAGUUGUAAUUUGUCUUGGCGGUGAUUACGAGAAAGCAUUCGCUAAUAAGGAAAACUUUGAUAACGAAAUUACUAAUCGGUUGAUUGACAAGGCUUCACGAAAAUCGGAUUUAGUAUUUGAUAAUAAAGAGAACGUUAUCCCGUCACAAAAAAGGAAAUUAGACAAAGUUGAUG